GUAGGCUAUAUGUUUUGUCAUCCUCUCUGUCUCUAACACCUUUGCUCUUUCAUCCUACAUCACUUACUGCAUACAUUUACCACUGAAAGAUCUCAUUCGUAAACAUGUCAGCACCUCUGGUAACAUUCAAAAGACCUCCUCGUAGACCUCAAACCUCGCGUCAACGUUCCCCUUCCCCAUCCUCCUCAUCCAUCCCAGGCCCUUCAUCCCAACCUACCGUCAUCCGGCCUAUCAAGAAAAACCUAGUCAAUCCGUUGGUGCAAGGUACCAAGAGACGGCGUGAUACGGAAGAGACCGGUGGGGGUCUGGAAGAGUUGGAUUAUCAAGCUGAAGAGAAUCUGAAAGGAUCAGGGGAUAGAUACGCGACGAGGGAUUCAGAUUGGGAUUUAGAGAAUGGUGGUGAUGAGGAUAGGUUCAAGGUGGAGAAGAAAGUCAGAUUGAAUGAGGACGGAGAAAUAGAUACCACACUAUACCACGGCAUGUCAAAUUACCUACCCACUAUAAAUAAACGUACAGACGUUUUGGAUUCUAAAAUGAAAACGGGUCCUAUCCGAGCUACCGCAAAUGUUAGAACUAUAACUUUGAUGGAUUAUCAGCCAGACGUUUGCAAACCUUAUAAAGAAACCGGUUUUUGUGGUUAUGGAGAUAGUUGCAAGUUCAUGCAUGAUCGAGGGGAUUAUUUAGCAGGUUGGCAAUUGGAUAAAUUAGAUCCUUCAGAUGCUAAAGAAGUUGAACAAGUGGAUGAAGGGGAGGAUGUUCCAUUCGCAUGUUUGAUUUGUCGAAAACCAUUUACGGAACCUGUCAUCACUAAAUGUGGGCAUUAUUUCUGUAUGAAUUGCGCUGUCGCUAGAUUUGUCAAAUCACCAAAAUGUUACGCCUGUGGAGCUCCCACUUCAGGUAUCUUCAACAAAGCCGAAAAGAUCCUAGCAAAGAUGGAAGCUAGGAAUCAAAAGUUGAGAGCAGAAAGAGGUUUGGUAGAUGAGGAAGCAGGGGGUAUAGUGUUUGGUGGAGGGGAUGAAGAGAGUGAGGGGGAUGUUCCUUCUGAUGAAGAAAAUGUACAAUCUGAUUCGGGUAAAGGAAGUGAACCUGAGGAAUGAUUAUCUUGGUUCAACGUUAGAUCUCAUGAUGCUGAUAAAUCUUUGUAUUCUUUAUGCAUCAUUGGUAUAUCCAG